CUUGGUGGACCUGCAGAAGAAGCUUGAGGAGCUUGAACUUGAUGAGCAGCAGAAGAAGCGGCUGGAAGCCUUCCUCACCCAGAAGGCCAAGGUUGGUGAGCUCAAGGACGAUGACUUCGAGAGGAUCUCAGAGCUGGGAGCCGGCAAUGGCGGGGUGGUCACCAAAGUGCAGCACAGACCUUCCGGCCUCAUCAUGGCCAGAAAGCUGAUCCACCUUGAGAUCAAGCCAGCCAUCCGGAACCAGAUCAUCCGCGAGCUGCAGGUUCUGCACGAGUGCAACUCCCCCUAUAUCGUGGGCUUCUACGGGGCCUUCUACAGCGACGGGGAGAUCAGCAUCUGCAUGGAGCACAUGGACGGUGGCUCCCUGGACCAAGUGCUGAAAGAGGCCAAGAGGAUUCCCGAAGAGAUCCUUGGGAAGGUCAGCAUCGCGGUUCUCCGGGGCUUGGCAUAUCUUCGGGAAAAGCACCAGAUCAUGCACCGAGACGUGAAACCUUCCAACAUCCUGGUCAACUCCAGAGGCGAGAUCAAGCUGUGUGACUUCGGGGUGAGCGGCCAGCUCAUCGACUCCAUGGCCAACUCCUUUGUGGGGACUCGGUCCUACAUGUCUCCAGAGCGGUUGCAGGGCACACACUAUUCGGUGCAGUCAGACAUCUGGAGCAUGGGCCUGUCUCUGGUGGAGCUGUCCAUUGGCAGGUACCCUAUACCCCCGCCUGAUGCCAAGGAGCUGGAGGCCAUAUUUGGCCGGCCCAUGGUCGACGGGGCAGAAGGAGAGCCUCACAGCAUCUCACCACGGCCGAGACCCCCCGGGCGCCCCAUCAGCGGUCAUGGGAUGGACAGCCGGCCGGCCAUGGCCAUCUUCGAGCUGCUGGACUAUAUUGUGAAUGAGCCUCCCCCCAAGCUGCCCAACGGAGUUUUCACCCCAGAUUUCCAGGAGUUUGUAAAUAAAUGCCUAAUUAAGAACCCAGCAGAGCGAGCCGACCUGAAGAUGCUCAUGAACCACGCCUUCAUCAAGCGGUCCGAGGCGGAGGAAGUGGACUUCGCCGGCUGGUUGUGCAAAACACUGCGGCUCAACCAGCCCAGCACACCCACGCGCACCGCCGUGUGACGCCGCGGCCAGUGGGGACCUGGCCAGUGUCCCUGUCUGCGCCCCACCCCUCCAGCCACACCUCAUUUCAACCAUCUCCUGCCCGUCCCGGCCGGCGCGCUCGCGGGCCUCCGCCUCCGGGAAGGGGGCUGCUGCUCCCGUGUCGUCUGGGAACCUGCUUACUUAGGUUUAAAAAACAAAACAGGGAAAGAAAGCGAACCGCGCUCGUCCUACUCCUGUUGCACUUGGUGUUUGGGUGUCAGCCUGCGUUCCAUCCCCAGGGUCGAGAAACUUCCGUGGGAGACCGGGGAGGGAGGGGGAAGAUGGCGUUAGGACCCGGCUCUGCCUUUUUUCAAGGGAUGAAGCCCUAGACCCUGACGUUUUUCACCCAAAAGGAAGGCUGUGCCGCCUGUGUCUGUGUCACAGCCCCUCUGCCUGCCCUCACCCCUGCCCACUUGGAAGAGCAGAGUCGGCCCUUCCGUGGUGAUGGCCUCAGCUUCCUCCUCCCACCCCUUUCUGGCUGCUUCUGUCCCUUAUCACGCAGCCUGGGAGGGAAGGCAGCCCUUGCCUGUUCCCAGCAGAGCGGGACAUCAGGAGGGACCUUCUCUUCCUCUCCUAGCGCUUGAGCGAGCAGAGGCCGCUACCCCCCCGUAGCGGCAGCUGAGCGGAGGCUCGGCUCAGCAGAAAGGAAGUGCCGGGUCUCCAAGCUGUCGGUGUGGUUGAAAACCCCAGCAGAUCCAGCAGAUAAGCCCUGCACGGGCCCCCGCCCUUGCAACAAGCCCAUUGCAUGUGGGUGGGUUGCCCUGUCACCUCUGCUCCCCCAGCAAAUCACAAGUGACCGCCUGGGCACGUCACUGCUUCGGGCCCUCAGACUGUUCAGCUGCAGUUGGUUGCACAUGAAAAUGGAUGAGAUCUUGUCCUAGUUCCCAAGGUCUUCGGGGUUCCCGCCAGACCCUCCCCUUGGUCUACAUGUUGCCCAAGGCCCAGCCUUUCUGCCUUCAGGGCCACAUCACCUGGGACAUAUGGAGGUCUCUGAGGUGGAAGCAGCACAGGGCUGGGCUGUAUCGAAGGCCUCCCUUCUGAGUUAUGUGAAGAUGAAGCUGUGAGCUGCCCCCCCCUCCCCCGCCAAUACUUGCUGAAGAUAGAAACAAGCUGAUAUUUAUCUGUGGGCAAAUUGCAGGGGAAGGAUUGCUGGAGAAGGCUGAGCAGAAGGGCUUGUGGUCCUGUGGGAACCGCUGGAUCAUCUUUUUCUUACGGAGACCCUUCUAGUCUCAUGUGUUGUUUUUCCUGCAGACACAGAUGCCAUCCUGUGGGUAACCAAGAUCCCUCAGGAACAUCCCUGGAGGGCUCGGGGGUGAACUUCCAUGGUUGGUGAGGGCCCUCUCUCAUCUCACAGCUGGGCUUGAAGGCUAUGGGGGAGGGGGCCGACCCCCCACAGCUCCCAGCCUGACUGUGUGACCAGGGAGGCAUCUCCACCAGCACGUUGGGAGGGCAGGUGCUGCCCCCAUGGCCGCGAAGCCGUGGGCAGGGUCCCUGCUGCAUGUUCUACUGUUCUGUAGCUUUCACCGGGAUCCUGCGGGACCUCAGAGAAUGGCAGGAGAGAAACUGUGGCCUUUUAUUUUUUCCCACUUUGCACUAGAACUAGGCUUCUAAAAACAAGGACUCCAAGGGGACCUCUUUCUAGGUUAUGGCAAUAGCAUUUGUACCGUCGACAGCCACGGUUUCCUCGUGUCUCUCUCCCCAACCUCAUCCCCAUCCCCUGGAGACACCCCCAGACUCAGCCAUCCUCUGCUCCGAGACCCCCACUCAAGGCCUAGGAAUGAAGCUCAGGCGCUCCCAAAGGUUUGGCCAAAGCUGGCCACCCACCUGGGGACACCCACUCCCCAUCCCAGGUGUCAGGUGCCUCUGGUGCAGUGGGCCAGGCCCUUUUCCAUAAAUCACGUGAGUUGGCACCACACAGACAGACUGACAGACACUUUGAGGCUCCAGCUCGCUCCCUGUGGUUGGAAGGUUUUGAACACAUCUGUUGAGGGUUUUUUGUGGUUAUUUAUUAAAAAUCUCAAGACGACCAACUAUGAGAUGUCUCAAAGAUGCAGAUGCCAUGUUUGAGGGCCACCCGUGGACACGGGGCACGCACCUGUGAUCCAAAGUGCCCCUCUGUCGGACCACUUUGUCCUCCUCUUCCCCCAAAAAACAUCAGCAGUCGAAUCUCAAAUCAUGGAGUUGCUAAGUUGUUAGGUGUUUUCAUUCGUGUUGGCUUGGCUUGGCUUUCUUUUUUUUUUUGGUGCUUAGUCGGGAAAACAACAUGCAGUGUUUGUCAAUUUUUUUCGUCUCAAUAUUUUCCUCCUGAAUAAACAGCACCUUCUGUGACCA